GCAAGCUAAGCUGAGUAUCAUCUUUGGCACUCACAGGAGUCUGCAAGCUCAGAGCAAGGCACAGGGAGUGCGGAGUGCAGAGUGCAGGGCAAGAAAACCAUCACAUUCUUUUUGAAAAAAAAAAAAAGAUUUAAUCAUCAGGAAGAGAGACUCAUACAAGUCUUCAAAAGGAACUUUCUGCAGCUCUUUACUCAUCUACUUCAUGAAGGGACCAUGAGCGUGGGAUGGAGUAAUGGGAAAUGUUAUUCGGGGAGCUGUGGCCUUCAUUCCAUCAGACCGAUGCGAGCGAUUCUUGGUAGGGGACUUGAAGGAGAUGCCGCAUGAUUGCACCUUGGACCUGAGUAGCCGUCAUCUUCAUCGCUUUCCCCUUAGAGUAUGUGCCUUCAGAGACCUUGUUAAACUUUAUCUGAGUAAUAACCACUUGAACAGUCUGCCUCCUGAGCUUAAUAAUCUGGAAAAGCUUCAAAUUCUGGCUCUGGACUUCAACUGUUUUGUGGAACUGCCUUUGGUUGUUUGCAGUCUUCGGCAACUUAACAUCCUCUACCUUGGGAAUAAUCAACUUUACAAACUGCCAAAAGAGCUGGGUCAGCUCAGUGAACUAAAGACAUUAUGGCUAGACAACAACCGCUUUACAAAGUUCCCAUCUGUAGUAUGUAAGCUUUCCGACCUCAGAACUCUUCAUCUGGGUUACAAUCGGUUUCGUAGCUUGCCUGGUGAGCUGGCAAGGUUAAAAGAGCUGCGAUGUAUUUGGUUAUCAGGCAACGUCCUGAAUAAAUUUCCACCAGUGCUUCUUGAAAUGCACUGUUUGGAAGUGAUUGAUGUAGACAGGAACCACAUACAGCAUUUUCCACCACUUAUUCACUUGACAGGGCUUAAGAUUAUCAUCUAUGACCAUAAUCCAUGUGUUAAUGCACCUUUGGUAGGAGAAGGUGUGAAACGGGUGGGCCGCUGGGCUGACAGUGCUGACGAUGGAGAUGAUGAAGUUGAACGAAAGACAGAUGAAGUGUCCAUAGAAGAAAAGACAGCUGAAGUGUCCAUAGUAGAAAAGACAGCUGAGAUGUCCAGAGAGGUGACAGAACAGCUGCCAGAGAACGAGUAAGAGGAACUGUACAACUAUGAUAUUAAUGUCUAAUAUAUCCAGUGUAGCAAACAAUGAACAGUAAUACUCACAUAUGUUUCUUAGCUGAUCUUGUAAAAGAAAAAUUCUAGAUAUAACAAUGGUUUGUGAAAAUAUGUUCUCUGAAAUAAUGAAAGAAACAAUUUAGGAUAACUUUAGCUCUCACACUACUACACAGAUUUUUUUUAUAUAUAUAAUAUGCAAGAACUUACGUUUUUCUGCUUUAUGAUUCCUUGAUUUCUGUAAAGAUAUAUCAUUUCUGUUUUAGAGAUUAUCUUGAAUUAAAAUGUAUGGGGUAUUGAAGGGUAUUCUAAUGAUGAAUUGCUAAAUUCCAGCAAUGUACCUCACCUCCUCAAUAAUGCAUGUGGGAAGUGACAGAUUUGGGUCUCCAGUUUAAUAUAAGACCUUUAAUAGGUUUUUAAUCAUCAUUCUUGCUGUUUCUGGUAGCUGGUGGAGUGUUGAGUAGACUACUGUUUUCUGCAAAGAUUAACCUCGUUUUAGCAACUUUGUGUGCUGCAUUUUUGCCCUCAUUAAUAGAAUUCAUAGAAGUAUAUAUGAAGUUACACCAGUAAGCUAACAUUCAGAUGGGAUAUUAUGUGCAUUUGGGAUUAUUGUCAGCAAUGUUUAUGAGAUUGUCACAGCUUCUUUUUGAAGUGUGUUGUUUUCACGAAUUGCACAAUAAAAUGUACCAAAUUCCAA